AUGGCAAUGGCGACGAGGAUAAAGCCAGCGCUGAUGGUAGUCCUGCUGGUGGCACAGGCACAGGCACUGGCACUGGCACUGGCACUGACGGUACCGGGAGACGGCAACGGCGACGAGCAUACACCACGGACCGCGUAUGGAUAUAGCUAUGCCUAUGUCCAUCCUAUCACGACCACAUCCGGCCUUGCAUCUUUAGCACCAUUGCCAUUGCCACCUUCAACGUUUACUGCUGCUGCUGCUGCUGCUGCUGCUGCUGCUGCUGCUGGUGAUGGUGAUGGUGAUGGUGGUAGUACCAGUCAUUAUGCAGACUCAUCGCCAUCUAUCACCCUUUUCAACAACCACCACACUGAUGCCCCUACCCAUACUCCUAUCAAUAAAUAUACCCGCAGAUACAAAUACAGCUUCGACGCCACCAACGACAGCGACGACGACGACGACGACGACGACGACGGCUACUAUACAACUCACAUCCGCCGCACCACAUACUACUCCCCCCGAUCCAACCGGUCCAGCCUCUGCGAGGGGCCAACAACUACUCCUACUCCGUUGAAUCUCGGACUCGAGUCGACCCAGAUGAUGACCAUCAUCAUCGGUCCCAUCAUGACCAUCAUCAUCGUCGCCAUUCUCAUCGUUCUCAUCGUUCCCACCACCACGACCGUGACCGCGACCAUGACCAUCAUCGUGACCGAGAUCGACACCACGACUCCACCAGACAUCGCGACAGAGACGAUCGCCACGACGACCGCCACGAGGAAAGACGAAUUCCGAUCGAAUACCGAACCGUCAGAACCGGCGGCGAUGCAGAUGCCCGUCGGCGCAGAAACACAGGCGGAAGAGCCCCCCGUGUCAACAGAGAGACUGCUGUAUCGAGGUGGCUCGAUGAUGAUGACGAUGAUGAUGAUGACCGCAGAUAUAGGGAAUCUGCGUACGAUCAUGGAGGACAUCGACGCGAGGGCGAUGGACAUCAUCAUCAGAGACGGAUUAGUUGGCGGAGGGAACUGUUGUUGA